ACCACAGAUGCUCCAACCACAACAACAGCGGCUCAAACCACAACCACAGCAGCUCCGACCACAACAACAGCUGCUCCGACCAAAACCAAAUCCUCUCCAACCACAACCACAGCCGCUCCAACCACAACCACAACAGCUACAACCACAACCACAGCCGCUCCAACCACAACAACAGCUGCUACAACCACGUCCACAGCUGCUACAACCACAGCCACAGUUGUUUCAACCACAACAGCAGCUGCUACAACCACAACCACAGCAGCUCCAACCACAACAACAACUUUUCCAACCACAACAACAGGCGCUCCAACCACAACAGCUGUAACCACAACAACAGCGGCUCCAACCACAACCACAGCUGCUCCAACCACAACAACAACUGCUCCAACCACAACCACAACGGCUCCAACUACAACCACAGCUGCUCCAACCACAACCACAGCGGCUCCAACCACAACCACAGCGGCUCCAACCACAACAACAGCUGCUCCAACCACGACAACAGCUGCCCCAACGACAACCACAACAACAGCUGCUCCAACCACAACCACAACAGCUCCAAUCACAACCACAGCUGCUCCAACCACAACCACAAUGGCUCCAACCACAACAACAGCGGCUCCAACCACAACAACAACAGCUACAACCACAACAACAGCGGCUCCAACCACAACCAGCGAUGCUCCGACCACAACCACAGCAGCUCCAACCACAACAACAGUUGCUCCAACCACAACAACAGCAGCUCCAACCACAACAACAGCAGCUCCAACUACAACCACAGCUUCUCCAACCACACUUGACCCACUUUUCAGAAGAGCUUUCCCCUCAUUCCAAAAGACUGGAGCCAUGAGAUUCAGUGGCUCCAACAACAUCCACUGUGGCUCCAACCCCAACCACAACCACAGCCGCUCCAUCCACAACCACUGCUGCUCCAACAACAACAUCACCUGCUCCAACCACAAGAUCAGUGGCCCCAACUACAACUACACAGGUCCAACCACAGCAGUAACAACCACAACCACUGCUACUCAAACAACAACUACGGCAGCUCCAACCACAACCACGACGGCUCCAACCACAGCCACUCCAACCACAACCACUGCUGCUUCAACAACUAAGGCACCUCCAACGACAACACCUGCUCCAACCACCACAACAGCUUCACCAACCACAGCGACAGCUGUUACAACCACAACCACAGAAGCUCCAACCACAUCCACAGUCGCUCCAACUACAACAACAGUGUCUCCAACCACAACCACAACCACAGCUGCUCCAAUAACAACUACGGCAGUUUCAACAACAACAACACCUGCUUCAACCACAACUACAGCUGCUCCAACUACAACCACAGAGGCUCUAACCACCACCACAGGUGCUCCGACCACAACCACAGUGGCUACAACCACCACCACAGGUGCUCCGACCACAACCACAGCUGCUCCACCUACAACUAAAGAUGCUCCAACCACAACCACAGAGGCUCCAACUACAGCUCCAACCACAACCACAGCUGCUCCAACCACAACCACAAGGGCUCCAACCACAACAACAGAUGGAUCAACUACAACCACAUCGGCUCCAGCCACAACCACAGUUCCUCCAACUACAUCCACAGCGGCUCCAACCACAACCUGGAUCAACUACAACCACAUCGGCUCCAGCCACAACCACAGUUCCUCCAACUACAUCCACAGCGGCUCCAACCACAACCACAGCCGCUCCAUCCACAACCACUGCUGCUCCAACAACAUCACCUGCUCCAACCACAAGAUCACAGGUCCAACCACAGCAGUAACAACCACAACCACUGCUACUCAAAGAACAACUACGGCAGCUCCAACCACAACCACAGCCACUCCAACCACAACCACUGCUGCUUCAACAACUACGGCACCUCCAACGACAACACCUGCUCCAAACACCACAACAGCUUCACCAACCACAGCUACAGCUGUUACAACCACAACCACAGAAGCUCCAACCACAUCCACAGUCGCCCCAACUACAACAACAGUGUCUCCAACCACAACCACAACCACAGCUGCUCCAACAACAACCACAGCUGCCCAAACCACAACCACAGCUGCUCCAACUACAACCACAGAGGCUCCAACUACACUUGCUCCAACCAUAACUACAGCUGCUCCAACUACAACUACAGCUGCUCCAACUACAACCACAGAGGCUCUAACCACAACCACAGUGGCUCCAACCACAUCCACUGUGGCUCCAACCCCAACCACAACCACAGCCGCUCCAUCCACAACCACUGCUGCUCCAACAACAACAUCACCUGCUCCAACCACAAGAUCAGUGGCCCCAACUACAACUACAGCUUUUCCAACUACAACCACAGAGGCUCCAACCACAACAACAGCUGCUUCAACCACAACCACAGCAGGUCCAACCACAGCAGUAACAACCACAACCACUGCUACUCAAAGAACAACUACGGCAGCUCCAACCACAACCACGACGGCUCCAACCACAUCGCCCCAACUACAACAACAGUCUGCUCCACCUACAACUAAAGAUGCUCCAACUACAACCACAGCUGGUCCAACCACAACCACCGCUGCUCCAACCACAACGACGCCAACUACAACCACUGCUGCUUCAACAACUGCGGCACCUCCAACGACAACACCUGCUCCAACCACCACAACAGCUUCACCAACCACAGCUACAGCUGUUACAACCACAACCACAGAAUCUCGAACCACAUCCACAGUCGCUCCAACUACAACAACAGUGUCUCCAACCACAACCACAGCUGCUCCAACAACAACCACAGAAGCUCCAACCACAACCACAGUGGCUCCAACCACAACAACAGCGGCUCAAACCACAACCACAGCAGCUCCGACCACAACAACAGCUGCUCUGACCACAGCCACAGCCGCUCCAACCACAACCACAACAGCUACAACCACAAACACAGCCGCUCCAACCACAACAACAGCUGCUACAACCACAUCCACAGCUGCUACAACCACAUCCCCAGCUGCUACAACCACAACCACAGAUGCUACAACCACAACAGCAGCUGCUACAACCACAACCACAGCAGCUCCAACCACAACAACAACUUUUCCAACCACAACCACAGCUGCAUCAACUACAACUACAGCUACUCCAACCACAACCACAGCGCCUCCAACCACAACAACAGCUGCUCCAACCACAACCACAGCGGCUCCAACCACAACAACAGCAGAUCCAACCACAACAACAGCGGUUCCAUCCACAACAACAGCAGCUCCAACCACAACAACAGCUUCACCAACCACAGCUACAGCUGUUACAACCACAACCACAGAAGCUCCAACCACAUCCACAGUCGCCCCAACUACAACAACAGUCUGGAUCAACUACAACAACAUCGGCUCCAACCACAACCACAGUUCCUCUAACUACAUCCACUGUGGCUCCAAGCACAACCACAGUGGCUCAAACUACAUGGGCUCCAACCAACACUAA